AUGACCGAAUUCUCAUCAAAAAUACUCUCUAAUUUUCCUUCAACUUAUGCAAUCAACGAACAGAGCGAACAACAACAUAUAGUAUUUUCGUUUGGUUAUGGUUCUGGCGUUUUAAAACAACAACAAGAUAUACAAGAGCCAACAAGUCUAAAUCAAAUUGAUCUUAUUUUCGUUAUCAAUCAUUCAUUUAAAUUUCAUGAAGAAAAUCUACAAUUAAAUCCCCAUCAUUAUUCAUUUUUAAAAUACUUUGGUGUAUCAACAAUAGCAAAGAUACAAGAAACAAGAGGCGCUCGAAUUUAUUUCAAUCCGUAUGUGAAAUUAAAUAAUGAUUCAAAUACCCUAUAUAAAUAUGGAAUUAUUUCACGAAGACAUCUUAUUAGAGAUUUACUUGAUUGGGAAACACUUUAUGUUGCUGGUCGUCUACAAAAACCAGUUAGUGUUAUGAAAAUCGAUCAAUCCGAUCAAGAUCUAUUGUAUGCUCUCAAAACAAAUUUAAAUAGUGCACUUCAUGUUGCUUUACUUCUUUUACCUGAACAAUUUACUUUAAAAGAAUUAUUUCUUAAAAUAACAUCUCUUUCAUAUCAAGGCGAUUUUCGUAUGUAUGUUGGAGAAAAUAAAAAUAAAAUAUCAAAUAUAGUUCUACCACAAGUCGAUGCAUUUGUUGAACUAUAUUCAAAUUUAAUACUGAAUGAUUCACAUUUACAUUGGAAUAAAACUCGAACAUUAGAUACAAUAGUUCAACAAGAUGUAACAGCAGCAGCAAUCUUUAGACGUUUACUGGGUUUACCAAAAUUUGUUAUUCAAAACUUAAUGGAAAUGACAACAUUGAAAACACGACAACAUCAAGAUGCAGAAGAAGUGAUCCGAAAAUUAUGUGUUAGUACACAACGAAAAGAAAAAAUUGAACAUGCCGUACGAUCAAUUGUUACAAGAUCGAGUAUAUCCCAAACAUUUAAAGGCCUUUUCACUGCCGGUUUUCUUCGUAGUACUCGUUACGCUAUAGCAAAAUUGCAAAAGAUGAUCCGUUGA